AUGGAUAAAAUAGAAUAUCAAGAGGCAAUGUUGAAUAUGCUCAGUGAUACUACACAUUAUAAUAUUAUUGCUAGAGAGAGAAUUGACACUAUCAAAUAUACGAUCUUUAAGACUGUAACUGAUUUAGUAGAUAGCUAUAUUAUAACUAAUGAACUCGCCACUUUUCUUGAAGUAGAAUAUCCAGUGAUACCAAUAAUACAAGGUUUUGGUGUUAUUGCCUACUUGAACUCAAGUUCUUCUAGCCCUGCUUCCUACCACAGUGAAAGUUCCAGAAAUGCCUUUGCUUCCUUAUCCCCUACUGAUACUUCUUCACCAAGCAGCUCUUUAUCAGAAGGAGGCUGUAGCAGUGAUAACAAUGAUCAGUCAAGUGAUAACACGUUCUCUGACUUUGAGGAUAUGCAAAAGAAAGACCAGGAUGUGACUUCUGUCAAAAUUAGAUAUCCAAGUAGCAUGUUGCUAACUAAAGGCUACAGUACUGUUGCAAAACUUAAUGGUGUGGUCCUCCCAUGUAAAGUCUGUGGAGAUGUUGCCUCAGGGUUCCACUACGGAGUCCAUGCAUGUGAAGGUUGUAAGGGUUUUUUUAGAAGAAGCAUCCAACAAAAUAUUCAGUACAAGAAAUGUCUAGAGAAUGAAACUUGUUCUGUGGUACGAAUAAACAGAAACAGGUGUCAGCAAUGCCGAUUCAGGAAGUGUUUAGCUGUUGGAAUGUCAAGAGAUGCUGUGAGAUUUGGACGAAUUCCUAAGCGUGAAAAACAAAGAAUGUUGAAAGAAAUGCAGAGUGCAAUGAAGAACAUGAUGAACACAGAGAUAAGUAAAUUGCAACCAAAGCAUCAGGAGCUUCUAAGCCAUUUAGAAAUAGAAGCAGACUUGCAGUUUAUGCAGCCAGCCAGAAAUUAUCAGGAAACAGCAACAGCUAGGACAUGCAUUGUUCAAGCCGCUGACAGUGGCAAAGAAGUUAAUGGUACAGUUUCUCAGAUCCACAAGGCAACUUUUUUGUAUAACCAGGAACAGCCUGUCAUAACUGCCAAGAACUUGGCAACAAAGGAAGAGAGGCAAAUUCAUUCUUCCAGGAAAGUGUGUGACUGGACCAAUGGACAUUGUUCUGCUGUGCAGAAUGGGGUCAGCUUCUCUGAAUGUAGAGGAUACUGGAGGGGUAGUGGAUUGCACAAAGAUAAUAAUACAACAUGCUGCCAGAACGAAUGCACUAAUGAUUUUAUAAAUAGGCAGAGUCGUAACAUUUUCAGUGACUGUUGCUCUAAACUGUGCAGCAGGAAACGUAUAGUUGGUCAUCAGAAUGGAAACAUGAGUGGCCACCUCUACAGUGCCAGAAAGAGGAUGCAUAUGGUUUGCCCAAUGAAUGCAUCCCCAUAUAUAGAUCACAAUAAGACUGGACAUGAAAUAUGGGAAGAGUUUUCAAAGAGUUUUACUCCUGCAGUGAAGGAGGUAGUAGAAUUUGCCAAGCGUGUUCCUGGGUUCAGAGAUCUCUCACAGCAUGAUCAGAUUAAUUUGUUGAAAGCUGGAACAUUUGAGGUCCUGAUGGUCAGAUUUGCAUCCUUGUUUGACCGAAAGACACGUACAGUCACAUUUCUUGGUGGGAAGCAGUAUAGUGUGGAUGUACUGCAGAUGAUGGGAGCGGGAGAUCUGUUAAACUCCAUGCUUGAGUUUAGUGACAAACUGAAUGCCCUUCAGCUCAGUGAUGAAGAGAUGAGUUUGUUUACAGCAGUUGUUCUCGUGUCUGCAGAUCGUUCAGGGAUUGAAAAUGUGAAUUCAGUGGAAGCUCUUCAAGAAACACUUAUUCGAGCACUCAGAACCCUAAUAAUGAAAAAACAUCCAAAUGAAGCAUCUGUUUUAACAAAACUGUUAUUGAAGUUACCAGAUCUCCGGUCAUUAAAUAAUAUUCACUCAGAAGGACUGUUAGCCUUUCAGUUUCAUCCAUAA